GGUUUACGGUUAAAGUUAUGGCCAUUGAGGCAACUCAACCUUUAUUUCCUCUUGUCCAUAAUAAUUUCAAUCAUGCUUGAAGGAAUCUCAGCGGGCUCCUCCAUAAUUUUCAAAGCUUCACUUUUACCGACCUACUGUCAUGGAUUUAAAGCUGGCAUAAUUUUCAAACUUGGGGCUUAGUGCCCAGCUUUCAUAAGAGCCGAUCAUUAUUGUCCGAGCAUCUAUUUUCAUCAACAAUCCAUUAUUGCCCAGCUAUAGCUUUUACAAGAACAAAAGACUACUUAGAACACUCUCUGCCUUGAGAUUAAGAGUGAUUUUGAAAACUCCGGUACGAUGUUUCUCGCUGAAGCCGCUGCCGGAGAAGUACUGAGUAAGGUGACUUCACUCGCUACUGAUCAAUUGAGACUCGAUAUCGUCUUGGGGUUCCGCGAAGAGAUACAUAAGCUCAAAGAAUCCUCAACUCUGAUUGGAAAUAUAAUCCAUGAUGCUGCUCAUGAACCUGAAGAUCGGAAACUGCGGGCAAGGGCCGAUUGGAUGAAGAGGCUUAUAAGCGUAGCUUAUAAUGCAGACGAUAUUCUGGAUGAAAUAGAAUAUGAAGUUCAUCGGAUCGUUAUAAAGGAGACAAGCCUGGAUAAGAAGAUACUCGGCUUCUUCUGCAACAAUCCUGUUGUAUCUCGUCUCAAGAUGGCACGCAAGAUUUACAACAUCAACACUUCCUUGGAUGAUCUCUACAAGCAAGCAGCCAUUGUGGGACUCGGCAGAUCAAAUGGAGGUGCAGCAGCAAGUCAACGUAGGCGGGACAGGGAAACAACGGCAUUCCCAGAGAUAAUUGAAUUCACCAGGAAAGAUGCAAAAAUUGUUGGAAGGGAUCAGAUUGUGUUAGAUAUAAUUGCAACCUUGACCACCUCCCACAAUCAAGAAAAUAUUCCUUCGGUGAUGGCUAUCGUAGGAUUGGGAGGCCUAGGUAAAACAACUUUGGCUCGCUCAGUUACCAACAAACUGAAAGAAGGUGAAAUGAAAAAGUACUUUGAUACAACGUUUUGGGUGUAUGUAUCUAAUAUUUUUGAUGUCAACUCAAUUUUACAUGGAAUGGUGCAAUCAUGUGGCGUGACGGGAAUAGACUCUUCAAAUCAGCAAGCAUUGAUGGAAAGCCUCCAGCAGAAGUUGAAAGACAAAAGGUAUUUUCUUGUACUUGAUGACGUUUGGAAUGAGGAAGGUGAUAAUUGGAGUAAGUUGAUGGGUUGUUUGUCGCAACUAAAUUCUGCCAAGGGAAGCUCUGUGAUCGUCACCACCCGUAGUGCCAAGGUUGCAUCCAUAAUGGAAACACUUCCUAGGUGCGAUCUAGGGAUUCUAUCGGAUGAUGAAUGUUGGUCCAUAUUGAAGGAUAGAGCAUUUGCGGAUCCUAAUGCUCUGAUACCUUCAGAACUAGAGGAAAUCGGGGGGAAAAUUGCCAAAAAGUGUGCUGGUCUUCCAUUGGCAGCAAAGGUUUUGGGAAGCUUGAUGCGUUCUAAGAACAGUAGCGACGAAUGGUUGUCAAUUCUGGAAAGUAAAAUAUGGCAAGUAUCAUCAAACAAAAACGAUAGCAGGAUCAUGUCAGUUCUGAGGUUGAGUUUUGACAAUUUGGAAUCACCAUUGAAACAAUGUUUUGCAUAUUGCUCGAUGCUCGAGAGAGGUUCCUCAAUUGAAAGAGAUAACCUGAUCCAACUGUGGAUGGCUCAAGGUUUUCUCCGUCCUUCUCAUGAUCUCCAAAGCAAGGGGAUUGAAAUGGAGGAUAUAGGCAGCAGGUAUUUUGAUACUCUACUGGAGAGCUCCUUGUUUCAGGAUGCUGAAAAGGAUGAGGAUGGCUUUAUCACCGAAUCCAAGAUGUACGAUCUUGUGCAUGAUCUUGCAAUAGAAGUAUCCAAGUGUGAGAGCUUGACACCAGACCUCAAUCAUGAGAUGGAUGGUCAUGAGAUUCGACAUGUUGCACGGAUUCCGACUUCGGAACUAAAAAGGAUUCCAUAAACAAGUAUUUCAAGACUACGUUCACUCUUUUCAAGUGUCAAGGUCCUUAAUAUCAUUUUACCAAGGUUGAGAGCUUUACGGGUCUUAAGUUUCUGUGAUGCAGAGUAC